AUGCAGUACGCAGAGCAGCCUACACCUCCUUUCAACUCGCCCUAUCAAACGCAUACAUCAAGAGCAGACACCAUGCUUGAGCCACCCUACCUAUCCUCAAGCCGGAACGAAGCCAUGCCGAACCACCCGCAAGGCCUUGGGCUCUACAAUUACCGCCAUCAGGUUCCUACAACCCUGCCUUCGUCGCCAUCCUCCUCAGACUCCUGGUCUGGUCACGUCUCAACUGGCACGCUUCCUCCAAUGACGCAGCCGAUCGCAGACCCUUGGUCGUCAGGAGCAUAUGAACAUCCAGUUGCUCGGUCUCCACAGCCUUGGAAUGCCGCACAAAUGUCGCCUCGAUCGUCGGUGUCGUCGGUGUCCAUGGUCCCGGUGUACUCUCAUCAUGGAACUGACAACACCUACCAUGAGAUUAGUCACGGAAUAGGUGCAGUAAGGCUUGGUGACCAAGUGUGGACUCCUGAUGCACGCUACGGGCACAGUGAGCCAGCACUACCAUCCUCGCGACAGUACCCCUUGACAGUUGCUCCUGAAAGGCUCAGCGGUUCCAUUCUUUCCUAUGACAAUGCGUAUGAACCAACACACAUGGCCGCACCCGCACCAGAGUACAACGACCAGCCUUCCCCCCGCCGAGCAUCCAGGGAGACGAGUACUGGAUCACAGUCAGACUUCCCUGCCACUACUGUACACCGACAGCGUCGAGGCAGCCGCAAACAGACUGAACUCGGCCAAGCUCAGUACAGUUGUCUCAUGUGUCAAAAAGGAUUUUCGCGUCAAUACAACUACAAGCAGCACAUGUUAACCCACGACCCGAACAGGAAGAAGGAUCACGUUUGUCUCUGGGAUGGCUGCGGAAGGAGUUUCGUUCGUAGGACCGAUUUGGAUAGGCACCACCGAAGCGUCCAUCUGAAAGAGAGAUCACACAAGUGUCGCAACUGCCCUGCGGGGUUUGCACGCAAGGAUACAUGUGGCCGACACGAGAAUGAUGGCUGUCACCAUCGCAGAAGACUGUCUGCUGCGGAUCCGAGGGUCUCGCAUUACCGUCGCGAUAGACAGUUCUGCGCAAAGCUGUAG